GCAGAGUCAUGUUGUCCAGCCUCUCCCACUCAUCACUGCUGCAGUGUCUCAGUGCCUCAUUCUCUGACCUUCCAGGGGGACCAUGCAGGCAUCUGUUCCCAGGUUAUAUCUGACCCCGGUCAGGGAUGAAGAAGCGGAGUCUCAGAGGAAAGCAAAGUCUCGUCAUGCCAGGCAGACCCGCAGGUCAACACAGGGUGUGACUCUGACAGACCUGAAAGAGGCUCAGAAGACCAGCUGCCUGUCUCCUCAAGACAGGCAGACAGAGGAAGGAAGCACUGUGGAUGAUAGGUCCUGUCUUAGGAAAAGCCUGACAGAUGACAGGAGAGUCAAAAUCGGCCUGACAGAGUCCACGGAAAACUCAGACAUCAAUUCGAAAUGGAGCAAAAUGGACGAGCAGGGGAACAUUGAACCCAGGUUAGCAACUGUCACUGAAUGUCCGAUACCAAACCUUUCAUAUUCGUCUAUUGCUGGAUCCUGUGGGCUCCCUUACAACAACUCCUUCAGAGUUGGUGAGAGAUGGUGGAGAGAUGAAAAUCAGAACCCUGUUGAAGAUGCAGCGCAGCUCACCUUUGCUACAAAGCAGCAGCAGAGACGACACUGCUGUGAUGUCGAAGGUUCACACUACAACAAUGCAGAGGUAAAAAAGGGUGAUCUGAGCUCCUCUGGCUGAUGGCCAUUAUUUUCCUGUUGUUUUCCCUAAGUACCACUAGAUGGAGCCAAAAUAUUUUCAAACUUUAUUUUUUCAUGCCUCGUUUUAUCAAGGAGAAUUGAGUGUUUACAGUUCACUUGAUACACACUACAUUCUAAUACAUUGAGAUAUAUUGUGAAUGUGUGAAGUUUAGAUUUGUUCAUGACAUACUGAGAAUCUUAUGCCACAGUGAUUUCAUUGUACAAUAUUCAUUAGCGCCAUUGUUUCAUAUUCACAUCCUGUUUCUCCCUCAUCCGAAAACUAAGUAUGCUUCAAAGGCAGCUAAGCUCUGAUCUCUGAUGCAAUAUUUUGAGAUGUACCGUAAUCCACAGUUGCAGACAUGAAGCAUGUGUUCGGAGAUUCUUUUAACUAGAAGUACAGUCUCAUAGAAAGACAGUCCAGGAGGACCACCCCCCACCCUCCCUGUAAGUCGCUUUGCUCCUUCGCAUCACAUGGCUGAGGUGUCUCAGCAUUCCAUACCAUAUUGGGCAACACUGAGACUCUCUCUGCUUAGUCUUUGCCUUGGAUUCAGAGGGAUUGACUUUCCCUUCUCUUUCACCCUCUAAACUGUUAUGUGUGCUCCCUCCACCUGCGUGCUGCAUGUGAAAAAACCCCUGACCCCAUAGCUCAUCAGCAGUUCCUCUUACUUGGAGCAACCU